CCUGGAUGUUAAAAGUAGGUGCUUUGUUUCGAGUUUCAAUGAUGUAUCAAAUUUUAACUUUAAUUUGUGUGACUGUGUCUGGAAUGGCAUUAGCUGAUUCUGAAACAGAGUCCACCAUUCUAAAACGACUAGAAGCUACAGAAAAGCUCGUUCAAAAUCUUUUCAAUGAAGUGGCAAGCCUAAAAGCUCAGGACCAAAUCCAUAGAGAGCAGAUUGUCGACUUGAAGAAACAGUUACACUUGCAGCGACAACAUAACAGUCACCUUGGAAAACUUAACAGAAGAUUAACAGACAGAAAACUAAAGAUAGGAUUUGUUGAAGAUGAAAGUUUACCAGAAAUCAAGAGACAGCCGAGCCACACCAACAUCAAGCCAGAUGCAAACAAAAACAGAAUUAGGAGAUUUGGAAAUGGAACUCCCGUGGCCUUUUUCGCAAAAAUGGACAAAAAUCUGGAAAAUGCUGGGGUCCACCAGAAUUUCAUCUUCGAAACUGUGGUCACCAAUAUAGGAAAUGGUUACAACAAUAAUUCAGGAGCAUUUGUAGCUCCAGUCUCAGGAACAUAUGUGUUCUCCGCAACACUUCUUUCUUUCUAUAAUACAAAUGCAUAUGUGCAGUUUAUAUGGAAUGGUCAGCCCGUCACACAGAUGUACGUCAGCAACGCGUAUCAAUCGGGUCAGGAUACGAUAAGCCAAACCAUUGUUCUUCAUCUGCGAAAAGGGGAUGUCGUUACGAUCCAAAAUGUUGAUUCAGAUAAAUCCUUCAUUGGCGGGGCCCGAAGUAUAUUCUCAGGAUUUCUUCUGUUUUAGGAUUCUACAAAUCCUAGUUUUACUGGAAAA